UAGGACUUUACGCUAGCCUGUUUUGUCCUUAGACCAGUCGCCGCACUUCCAAAAUUUCCUAUUACCACUUUCUCGCUAGCGCCCGCAAAACUUUAGCUCGGCAGGUGCAAUUUUUCCUGCGUUCUUUUCCAACCCGCGCACUCCUUCCUGCACUCCGAGAGCAAGCCCAUCCAAAAUGGCGGUCGCAAUGGCUAAGGAAGAGAUGGACUACACAAUCAAGCCGGAAGCUGGCGCCUCCAGUAUCUCCACAUCAGACUGGCCGCUUUUGCUGAAGAAUUAUGACCAACUCCUGGUCAGGACCGGUCAUUUCACACCAAUUCCUGCCGGUUGCUCCCCUCUUAAGCGUGAUUUGAAGUCCUAUAUCAAUUCCGGUGUGAUCAACCUCGACAAGCCCUCAAACCCAUCUAGUCAUGAGGUGGUUGCCUGGAUGAAGAGAAUUUUAAGGGCGGAGAAAACUGGACACAGCGGGACUCUUGAUCCCAAGGUCACCGGUUGCCUGAUUGUUUGCAUUGACCGUGCCACUCGUCUGGUUAAGUCGCAGCAGGGUGCAGGCAAAGAAUAUGUCUGUGUGAUCCGCCUCCAUGAUAAAAUUCCUGGUGGCGAGGCUCAGUUCAGGAGAGCCCUUGAGACGUUGACUGGUGCACUUUUUCAAAGACCACCAUUAAUUUCUGCUGUCAAGCGUCAGCUCCGGAUUAGGACCAUCCAUGAGAGUAAACUUUACGAAUUCGACAAUGACCGGCAUCUUGGUGUGUUCUGGGUCAGCUGCGAAGCAGGAACGUACAUCCGUACUCUUUGUGUUCAUCUGGGCCUCCUGCUUGGCGUCGGUGCUCACAUGCAGGAACUCAGACGUGUCAGGAGUGGAGCUAUGGAUGAGAACAGCGGCAUGGUGACUUUACACGACGUUUUGGAUGCUCAGUGGAUGUAUGACAACCAACGGGACGAGUCGUAUUUGCGCAAGGUCAUCAAGCCUCUUGAGUCCCUUCUCACAAGCUACAAGCGGAUCGUUGUCAAAGACAGCGCUGUGAAUGCUGUAUGCUACGGCGCCAAGCUCAUGAUUCCUGGUCUUUUGCGUUUUGAGGCUGGAAUUGAUGUUAAUGAAGAGGUUGUACUCAUGACUACCAAGGGUGAGGCCAUUGCAAUUGGUAUCGCUCAGAUGUCGACCGUCGAGCUGUCUACCUGCGACCACGGAGUUGUUGCCAAGGUUAAACGUUGUAUCAUGGAACGUGACCUCUAUCCCCGGAGAUGGGGUCUAGGUCCUAUUGCUCUGGAGAAGAAGAAGCUCAAGUCGGCCGGCAAACUAGAUAAGUAUGGUCGGGCCAACGAAGCUACUCCAGCCAAAUGGAAGAACGAUUAUAAGGAUUAUAGCGCACCAGAGGAAGCUUCUGAACAAUCAGCUGCUGUUUCAGCCCCUAAGGAAGAGGCAAUCGUCUCCCCAGUAGAGCAGGCUGAAUCUCCCUCGUCUCCCCAAACCGAAAUGGAUGUUGAUGACACCAAGGAGGAUGAGAAGAAGAAACGUAAGCGACACGAGGGAGAAACCCCAGAGGAGCGAGCAGAGCGCAAACGCAAGAAGAAGGAAAAGAAGGAAAAGAAGGAGCGACGGAAGUCCAAGCAAGAGAAGGAAGAGAGUGACGACAGCGAUUAAGGCUUCCAGGAAGUCCCUUGACCGACCCUGACAGCGAAGCGUUCCUAUAUGUGGGAAUGCUUUCUCGCCUCUUUAUAAUCGUCAGAGUACCAUUUGGGCAUGAUUCCUGUAUCAUACAUGUUUGUUUCUUUCAUUGGAGUCUUGGGUUGAAAAGGGAAAUCAAUCUUCAAAUGCUUUGUUUUUUAGUGGUUUGCUAUUGAAUAAUAGUUUCGCUCUGCGAGGAGGUUUCAAAAGUUCGGCUAUUGGCCAUCUCAGGAAUAGGAGCACUUUGUAGAACAGUAUCUUGUUAAGCUUCUUGGAU